AUGUCCGACACAGCCAGCACAACGCCAGUCGUCUUUGGCAAGCCGGCCCGCGCCCUGUUCGAGUACGACGCCGCCUACCGGCCGCUCAACCACGGCUCUUACGGGACGGUGCCGCGUGCUGUGCGCGAGGCCCGCGAGCGUUACCAGCGUCGUCAUGAGGCGCGCGUGGAUCCGUUCCGGCGCUUCGAGGAGCCGGCGCUGCUGGCGGGCGCGCGCGCGGCCGUGGCGCCGCUGCUGGGCGCAGACGUGCACGUCGACGAGGUCGUGCUGGUGGCCAACGCGACGACGGGCGUCAAUGCCGUGGUCGGCAGCCUGGCCGCGCGCUGGUCUGCCGCCGCUGGCGACACCGUCCUGUGCCUCAGCCUAAUCUACGACGCCUGUCGCAAGACGCUCGUCGCCCAGGCCGAGACCGGCCGCCUGCUCACCGAAGCCGUCGACGUCGACGUCCUGGCCGACAGCGACGACAUCAUCGUGCGCAAGGUUCGCGAUGCUCAUGCCCGCAUCGUCGCCGCUGGCCGCCAUCCCCGCCUCCUCGUCGUCGACGCUGUUGCAUCCAUGCCCGGCGUUCGUCUCCCUUGGGAAUCACUCGUGGCCGCAUCACGUGACCUCGGCAUGCUCUCCCUCGUCGACGCCGCUCACGGCAUCGGCCAGCUUGAUCUACAUCACGUCGGCCGGCCUGACGUCCGACCCGACUUUCUCGUCACCAACUGCCACAAGUGGCUCUUUGUCCCUCGCGGCUGCGCUCUCCUCUACGUCCCCUUCCGCAACCAGCAUCACCUCUACACCAGCCUGCCUACCUCUCACGGCUACCUUACCCCCAGUCUUCGUCCUCCUCUGCCAGCUGCUCCGUCCAGGCCCGACGCACCCAACUACUUCGUCCACCUCUUCGCUGAUGUCGGCACCCAGGACCAUAGCGCUUACCUCUGCAUCCCCGACGCUAUCGCCUUUCGCCGUGAUGUCUGUGGCGGCGAGGACGCCAUCCGCAACUACUGCUUCCAGCUCGCAGCCUCAGGCGGCGACGCUGUCGCCCGCAUCCUCGAAACUGAGGUCAUGGACCAUCCACAAAGCAAUAUCCGCCAAUGUCAGCUCGUCAACGUCCGUCUGCCACUGGACAUUCGCUCCGAUGCCGACAUCGCUGCUGCUACCCCAUCGGGCAUCGUCUCUUCCUCGGUCAUUCCCCUCUCCCGUCUGCCCCAGCUCUGGGAAUGGAUGCAGCGCCAGAUGGUUGAUGUCCAUAACACCUUCAUCCCUGCCAUCUUCUACCGCGGCGCCUUUUGGGCCCGUCUCAGCGCCCAGAUCUACCUCGACCAGGAUGACUUUGAGUGGGCUGGCCAGGCCCUCCUCGACAUCUGCCAGCGUGCAAAUAAGGGUGAAUGGGACACACAGAAGACAGAACAGACCGAGUAG